AUGAGCCCUCUUUAUGGCGCUUCUCUAGGUUAGUUAGCAUUAACUCUAGACCCACCACCAGCCACUGGUACCUUGACCCUUGACAAAAACCGCGAUGAGAUGACUAUCCGGUUGGCCCCGGACCCAACACCGCCCUUCCGCGAUACUGAUAGUGACAAAGGGGAUUCAAACCCGCGUAGAAUACUACGAGGGUGGUUCUACCCUCAGCAGGCCUUCGCCUAGAGAGGGCUUCAUUGACGAGAUCCAGGGUCCCACUAUGCGGCAAGUGCAACUUUUCCGAUACCAUUUUAUACCCCCACUUUAACCAGAGGCCAACUGAUAUAACGUCUUCCACCAGAAAAGGAUAUUUAUACCCCUUAUAUGCCUCGGUGGAUUACAAUCCCACCCCCAAGGCGCUCUCACUGUUUCCAAGCCCCUCGUGGGAGUCUGUUGUAAUGCGUUUUCGGCUUGUAACAUUUUUGUCUUUGGCCUUAGCGGUCUCCGUUACAGGACAUAUCCGACGACAGUUAGCUAUUCCCGGAAAGAUCAAUGGCCUCUACGCUAACACCAAGGUUCUUGGUCGUCGUUCCGCCCCCGGAAUCUUCCCUCGCGACAAAGACCCCGCCGUUAUCGCGACAAAAUAUCUAAGGUUAAUUGCGCCGGGUGUAAGCUUCCGCCAUAACAACGAUCAGUAUACCGACGCCGACACGGGAGUGACUCAUGUCUACUUCACACAGACCCUGAAUGGACUUGACAUCGAGAAUGCGCAGGCCAAUGUAAACAUCAGAAGCGAUGGUACUAUCCUCUCCGCAGGAACUUCGGUCACUACCCAGGGAUUGGACGGUCUCGCGCCCGUCCGCCGUGCGCAACUUCUAGAUCCUCUUGAGGCGCUCGAGGGGGUUGUUGAGACACUUGGGCUGCGUUUGAACAUUGAGUCUGCUCAGGCGGUGCCUGAGUCCUCCAUAACCGGGGGUGGGCUAUCUUUCAUCAUCACCGGAUCCAAGGGGGCUGUUUCAGUGAAUAUAUCCCCCCUAGCCCUCGAGUUCUCACCAGGUUAACCUUUUCAUGCGUAGGAACCGAAGGCAGACCUGGCCUACUAUAACACCCCCGAAGGCGUUAAACUCGUAUGGAAGCUCGAAACCGAUUUGAAUGAUAAUUGGCUUAUCUCCUACGCCAACGCACAGCAGAAAGGACAAGUGGAGGGUGCUGUUGACUACGUCAGUGAUGCUUCAUACGAAGUUUAGUAAGCUACCUCUGAUUAAUUUGACAUGGCUCAUCAGAUUCACUAACCAUUUCAUAGCAAAAUUGGUCUUAACGACCCCACCGAGGGCGCCCGCACACUUGAGGUCGACCCAGCCACCAAACAUGCAUCACCGGGUGGAUGGCACACCGCCGGGAAUGAAUCUUACAGGACCACUCGUGGCAACAACGGGAUUGCUCAAGAAAAUUGGGAUGGCGGAACAGAAUUCCUCAAGAACCGACGCCCUGAUGGUGGAAAACGCUUGAAGUUCAAUUUCCCAUACAGCCUCAACGAGACCAAACCGAAGAACUAUAUAAAAGCAGCCAUCACCCAGUUGUUUUAUACAGCAAACAUCUACCACGACCUUUUGGAGGUUCUCGGGUUCACCGAGGAGGCUGGUAACUUUGAAGAGGUUAACACUGGUUCCGGGGGGAUCGGAAAUGAUGCCGUGCAAUUGAACGCCCAGGAAGGUGCCGUGUUCAACGAUGCCAACUUUGCCAGCCCCGAGGAUGGAGUUCGCCCUAGAUUAGUACCUACUCCUGGGACGACUUCAAAAUUGAGCUAACGGAUGCGUCUAGCGAAUGUAUAUCUGGAACACCCCAGAAGGGGGCCCCGUCCAGCGAGAUGGCGACUUUGAUAACGGCAUUAUCAUCCACGAAUACACCCAUGGCCUCAGCAGUAGACUGACUGGAGGUCCUGCUCAGCCUACCUGUUUGAAUACAGUAGAAUCUCGAGGUAUGAGCGAGGGAUGGUCAGACUUCUAUGCCACAGCAAUUCGCAUUAAACCUAAAGAUAACCGUGAUACGUCCUACGGUUUGGCCGAUUGGGCGGACGGCGUCGGGAUCCGUCGAUACCCAUACUCCACCAACAUGACCACUAACCCCACCACCUAUGCCAUCAUCAAUCUUCCUAACUGGAGCCCCCUUAUACAUCGCAUUGGUUGUGUCUGGGGGAAUAUCCUUUACGAAAUCAUGUGGAACCUUGAAGAUAAGCACGGAUACCGGGAAGAGGUAUUCCCAAAGUUCAGGUCCGGAACCACGAUUCCAACCACCGGAAGGCACCUGGCCAUGAAGCUCGUCCUCGAGGGGAUGAAGCUUCAACCUUGUAACCCAACGUUUAUCACGGCUAGAGAUGCAAUCAUCGACGCCGACGGGAUUCUAACUGGAGGAGAGAACUUUUGUGAGUUGUGGAAGGGGUUUGCGUGAGUCCCCCUUAAAUGACCCCUCACACCGUAACGCACUAACCAGGAUUCAAUAGUAAACGCGGAGUUGGCGUCGAUGCUUCUCAAGGAAAGGGAGCUAAUGCAAGAGUGGAGAGCUUUGAUCUCCCCGAAAAUUGUAAGUAGGGGUUGUAGAAGCGGAUAUGAGAGUCUCAUCUGAGUAA